UAUAAUUUUUCUGAUUAACUAAUACUCAUAAUUUUGACAUUAAUGUCGUAAACAUAAGUGGCACAUGUAAACAUGUAGCGCGAGAGGUGAUGUGUGUCUUUUGUUUGACAUAGUGCGACUUAGUUCCUCUUUCCGUACGCUAAAAUGUGUUCAUAAUGUCACAGCAGGUCAGUGCGAAAACAACGGAGAGGUUAUAUUAUAAGACAAUUAUAUUUUACGGCAAUAAAAACCAGGUGCCUUAAAAUAUAAUUAUUUUAUCAAUUAAUUAGUUGGAUUAAAUCCAGUUAAGAUUGUGCGGCGAUGGGAAAACGAGAACUGGUGUUCUAUAUGGGAUUUUUGUACCUUACACUAGCCCAACGAAGUACCCAGAUUCGAACAGAUUCCCGGACUGACAGACGCAUCCACAACUUAGAAACAGAACUGAGUAAGAUGCGUAUUCUACAUAACAGUGGAAAAGAGCGACUCCGUGAACUAGAAAGGGAGAUAACACAUUAUCAGACAAUAUUUCAGGGCUUAGAUUUGUUGUGUAACACUCUACACCAACAUAAGUCCCUGUACAAGCCUUUACCUGGCAUAGAGGCUCCUAUGACAGCAAUCAAACCAACAGUGUCUGGAAUCACUGCGUAUUCAGUUACAACUAUAUUUUCUCCGCUGGGCGACCAUGCAGUGGUUCAGUUAUCAGUACGCUACAGUACAUCGGAGACGCACGAAGUCAUCUGGGCAUACAAUGUUCUUGGACACAUGGUCCCUAUUCAAGAGGGCGACCCAUAUUCAUCCGUGAGAAAUGAGAAAGAUGGAGAACAAUUGACUACACAUCUAUACAUAGACGCUAAGGACUUAGAAGGAUUGGAACUGCUCUACGUAAAAAUAUUGUCAGAAUUUAGCGAGGUUACUAUUCUGUUUAACAAAGAUUCUUUGAUGACAGACGGACGAAUGAAGUUAUCGCCUGUUAGACUUUGGAACGAGGAACCUUCACGGGAAGUGCUAGUUCUGGACCCAAAACAAAAUGCAACUAUAUCAAUAAAUAUAGAUACGAAUAUUGACAAGCUGACAACGUUUGUGAAUUUUAUUGGCAUCGACACUUCAUCACAGCCGAACCGUCUAAUGGACCUUCAAUUGUCGGACAGAAGGCUAACCACAGAAAUUUUGAACACAACACGUGGUUUCAAAUGGUCUGUCACUCUUGAUUCCUCGCUCGUGUAUACAGGAGGGAUGGUGUCUUUGCGGAUAGUAGAACAACUCCAGAACGGCCCAGUGUUACAGAUUCAUGUUGGGAAAACUAUGUACGUUAUACCAGAUACUCCUGGAUUGCAGAAGGCCCCUUUCCCGUCGGGCAGUUUAGCGUUGUUGUCUUUGUAUAAACAUACGGGGCAGACGAUUGCUACCAAAAGGCCAAUUGGCGCCAUCUGGUGUUAUGCGUUUGGAAACCCUGCGCCAACAACAAAUAUUAUAAAGUUUGAGGUUGGAGGUCGAAGGAAGGUGUUGAAAGGCCGUGUGUUCAACAUCGGGCACUAUGAUUCUGCUCAAGUUAUCGUUCUUGGUAACAUAACAAAUUCAGAUGAAGGACAGUAUCUAUGUGAGGCAAAGUCAGGUGUGAAUGUGGUUUCAGAGCCAAUAUAUGUCAGCGUAACAUGAAAGUAAAUAUAUAUGGAAAUGUCUAAAUUAUUGGGUAUAAUCAACCCAUUUUGCUUGUGUUGAAUAGUAGUAGUAUAGUCAACACUUCAGCUCCAACGAAACAAUGAUCCACUUUAGGGUUUAAGAUUUUACAUUGAUUGACAGAUAUUUCUUAUUGUUUUAGCAACCAAAACCGGACUAUCGUAAUUUAUAGAUUUCACUUUAUUUUCUUUGGAUUAAUAUUGAUGUUCUUUUUGAUCCCGUGGUGUAAACUGUUGUUUUAUCUUGAUACUAAAGACUAAAGAUUUACAGAUAUAAAUCAUUUGUAUAUUGAAAGCAUCAAUGCCUUAAAGCAAAAAUGGUAAAUUAUCAAUAAAGUCUGAAAAGCAGAUCCCUCGGAAGCACCGAGAACAAGGCAAACAGUGAAAAUUGAAGCCUCGGUUUGAUUGAGUCUGUUCAUGCCUUGUAUGGGAUAGAAUAUUUAUUUGUUGGGUUUAACGUCGCACCGACACAAUUAUAGGUCAUAUGGCGACUUUCCAGCUUUGAUGGUGGAGGAAGACCCUAGGUGUCCCUCCGUGCAUUAUUUCAUCACGAGCGGGCACCUGGGUAGAACCACCGACCUUCCGUAAGCCAGCUGGAUGGCUUCCUCACAUGAGGAAUUCAACGCCCCGAGUGAGGCUCGAACCCACAUCGAUGAGGGGCAAGUGAUUUAAAAUCAGCGACCUUAACCACUCGGCCACGGAGGCCCCUUGUAUGGGAUAGAAGUACAACCCUUCAAUAAAAUAGUUUUACCAUUAUUUGUUGUUUGCAAUAUUUUGUAAUAAUUUAUUUAAUACAGCGAAUUGGUGAGCUGAUAAUGGCAAAUAUUGUUUAAUUUUCUUAUUCAUUUUAUCAAGACAAAUAUUUACUCUUAACAUACAUUACAACUUUUUGUUGAUUUCAUCAAACGUUUUUGGUACUUAGAACGUUUUAUAAUACAGAUGAGCUCAUUCUAAAGCUCUACUUUAAUGACGUUCCUGGCGGAUGAUGCAAUUUUAUAAAUAGGUUGGGGCUGUAGUGGAUGGUGUCAUUAAACGUAGGUUUACCCUAAGGUGUGUGAGGUCAUUGUUUGUCAGUACUACUAGUAGUAAGAAAUAAAGAUGUCGUUUUAGGUUAAAUAAUAGGAAAGAAUUUUUUAUAAUACAGUGACCAUUUGUGUUUAAACUUGUUUUGUGUAAAAACAGACAUACGCUGGUUCUCAGUUGUAAAGUUAGUUUUUUCCAAAAGCUGUCUUUGUUUACGAGAAUGCGUUCAACUGGCUACACGUCUCGAUGCUGUGAGAAAAUGAUUGGCUUAUUAAGAGGAUGAAGGGUGAGAUUAUACAAGUAAUGUUAUUCUAAAUGUUUUUCUUACAGGUAUUUGGUUAUCUUUAUCAUUAGAGCAGUGCAAUAUAGCAAAGACAGCUUUCAUUCUUAAUAUAUUGUUUUUUUGCAGGUGUAUGAUGAUGAACUUCAGAACAAAAUAUAGUUUCAUUCCGGUCAGUUCAUUCAAUUUACUUUUGUUUAACGUAAAUGAAAUUUACGUUGUUCCUUACAUACACGCAUGUUCAGUGUGUCCAAUAAUAUGGGAUCUAAUUCUCUAUGCUCUAUUGCCUAUAUUUUCUUUACUUAUGUAUAUAAUUUGCUUUGCAUUUUGUUGGUAAUUUAAAUCCAUAGUAGAUCUUAAAAGGCAAGUUUAGAGUAAACUAAAUAUUAUAACCCAAUUUGAUGUUGCCGGUGACGUCGCAUUUUUCAGAUGACGCCGUGAAAUUAUUUUUUUUUUCUCCGAGGAAGGCUUCGAACCCAAACAUGUAGAAAAGAAACAUCAAAACGUUGUUAGCGUAAAAUCAUGUAUAAUUUUAGUACAGUAAGACACUGUUCGUACUAUUUAUUUCAUUUACAUGUCGACUAUUAUUAGGUCAAUGAUCCGAUGAACUUCUUUAAUCAUUUUUGAGUUAAAAGUUUACUUAGAUUCAGUUAUUAUACUACUGAUAGCUUAGUUUUUUGCAUAACUUCUAUCUGAUUUUUUGCCUAACUUCUAUCUGAUUUUUUGCAUAACUUCUGAUUUUUUUUGCAUAACUUCUAUCUGAUAUUUUGCAUAACUUCAAUGUGAUUUUUUGCAUAAUUUCAAUCUGAUGUUUUUCAUAACUUCUAUCUGAUUAAUCAAACAUUUACUUAAAAGAUGUGCAGUGUUAUAUGUGUCAUAUUAUUUUCUCAUACUAACAAUUUUGUCUUAUUGUCUCCAGGUUUCUUUCUUGAUUUUCCUAUUUGGCUUUCAUUGGAAAAUUGAAAAGGAGAACUCAGCGCAAAAUUAUUUUAACUGUAUAUAAAUAAAAACAACAAAAAAUAUUAAAUAGGUCUGCGCUUAUUCCACGAAGUGUCUUUUUAUUUCAUCGAUCAUGCAUCAAACGAAAUAGAACCACCAUGCCCCUCUUGGUUCGUUGUUAAAUCUGUGAAAAGAUGAACGCAACCAAGUUACAGACCUGGUUUGAUUGUCUGUUAAUGAGGGAUAACGAAAUAUGCCUUCAUGCCCCGCUAACACCGGAAUAAGUGGAAUUCGGAUAUAGUCAAGUACGGGAAGACUUUUUACAGCCGCAACACGGCUUACUUACGUUAUCAGUAUUAUGUUGUUAUGCUACUUGUUAUAUAUUUUUGUUUUGUAUUGUUAUUAUCUUUGUGUUAUAUGAAUUUGUUAUGCAUCAUUUUUGUUGACUGGAAGGAAACCAUCUAGGAGAAUAGAAGUACCUGUUUUUCAUCUUUUUUUUCCGUAGAAUAUUCUGAAUUGCUCUGAAAACGCACAUUUGUUUAGAGAUUGUGCCACACCUUAUUGGGAAUAUUUUGAAUGCAAUUUUUGAAAUAAAGAGUUUUAAUCUUUUAUUUUCUUACAAAUUCCAAUGCUUUAUUUUGAAAUCAUUCAUGCGUGAAAAUACUGUUUUUUAAUCUGCGAUUAAUUUAAUGUGAUAAAUAAGGUAAAAUUGAUCAACAUCUUUCUCUCACAACACUUUUCAUUCUAUACGUAUAGACAGUUAAUGGCGACAUUUUUCAAAAUCAAGAUGAAAAAUUGCGGUGAUUUUACAACACAAUUUGAAAUGUCGUAGUACUUCAUUCAAACGGGUCGGUCGUGUACACAUUUUAUUUAUUUUCAACGAAGCAAUAUGUUUUUUCCUAGUAAAAUGCUUUAGAAUUCCUGUAAUUCAUUCGCAAAACGGAUAACAAAACAGGUUAAAGGAGAGGUCUUUGAUUCACGCUUAAAAUUCGAAUUAACUAUGCUCGAAUAUAAGCUGCGCUAAAUCUUUAAGCUCGACAGUUUUAAGAAUAGUUAUUUUGAUUAUGAGAUUUUAUCAAAGCCAGUCUCGUUAGGGAUUUUUGUCAUUCUGUGACUUUCAUUGAUCGCGAUCAUAUUGAAUAGGUGAAGUAUAUGCGCGCUGGGGAAAAUAUUUCAUGAUGGACCUGUGAAUUCUUUACUUAUGGGUGAAGCAGGUCUCAUAAGCGUAAAUACGACUAGCUUCUACUGAUUAUAAAACAUACCGUACGAUUUGUUGUGAAUUAACUGUUGUUGUACUUCUUGUACUUCA